AUGUCGUUUCGAAGGGCAGCUACUGCGACGCUCGCGCAGCGCGCUGUACACUUGACAAUUGUGCCACGCCCUGCGAAUUUGGCGGAAAGUCGCGAAGUGUUGCGCGUUCUACAGCGGUACGGGCCGAUGGACAUGUACAAGCAUUUGAAGCACGAAUACUUUAGACCUAUGGACAAUGUAGCACUUGGCAUCUAUCGCGAUGGAGACGCCGCCCAACGCGCACUAAAUGCAUCCCCCAUCCGAUUCGCGCUCGAAAAGCAGAACGAUGUCCCGCCCAACCAGAAUACCUCCGUGGAUAUGGAAGAAGUGGAAUAUGGUACACCACAGCGCGAGGGAGCCACAGAGACCGGCAUUGACGACAUUCUCCGCCCCGGCGAGCUCCUUACGAACACCCGCUACAAAGAACCCCCCAUAGAACCAACCUUGGACCCUCCAUCGAAACCGAUGCCAUUCGAACCAUCCGUCGAAACGCCGAAUACAAUUUCAAAGUGGUUCCAAAUCACCGUUGACCGCUCGCGUGUGGUGCACUACGAUUACAUUGAGAAACAGUUCCUUUGGGGGCGGUAUACACCGAUGAAAACAAUCGCGCAGGAAGACUUGGUGAAGAAGGUGCCGCAAAAGGGAUUGAGUGAUGUUGGCCAGAGGCCGCCGGGUGUCGAACAUCGACCACACAGGGCUAUGAGGAAAGACCAAGCAUAUGCCGACGAAAGAAUGCCGAGCGUGAGACAGAUAUGGUUGGAGAGCGAGGAAAGACACCAGAAAGCCCCUCGAUGAGCGGUACAUCAAUUUCGAUACUCCUCUGCCACCAUAU